UAUUAAUAUUUUUUCAUAUGUAAAAUACUAUCAAAUUCAUCAUAAAAAAUCAAACAUAAUAAUGGUUUUCUCUCUUUCAACCUUGAUCCAUCCUCAACUUCAUCCCAUCCUUCUAAAAAUGACAUUUUUUGACACCUUUCUCUUCUUUGUGAUACACAUGGUGGAUAGGGUUGGAAUAUGGCACAAACUACCUGUGAUAAUAGGAAUAGCAUACUUGGGAAUUAGGAGACACUUACACCAGCGUUACAAUCUCUUCCAUGUCGGGAAAAUGACCGGAAAAGAGUCUGAUGUUAAGGAAAUUUGGUACCGAACGGCCGACGGAAAAUGCAAUUUUCAACAAGAUGAUCUUAUUGGGAGUCAAGGAACCUUUUUUGGUCGUAAUAUGCCUCCUUCUACUUCACCAUAUGGGGUGUUGGAUCCUCAUCCUUCAUUAGUGGCUUCAAAGCUUUUGGAAAGGAAGAAAUUUAAAGAUAAUGGAAAACAAUUCAACAUGAUAGCUUGUUCUUGGAUACAAUUUAUGAUUCAUGAUUGGGUUGAUCAUUUGGAAGAUACUAACCAGAUGGAAAUAAUUGGAGUUGGUGAAGAAGAAAAUAUUGCUAGUAAUGGAUGUCCUCUAAAGUCAUUUAAGUUCUUUAAGACCAAAAAAGUUCCCACAUUCACACCUCAAAUAAAUUUUGGAUGCUUGAACACAAGAACUCCUUGGUGGGAUGGGAGUGUAGUGUAUGGGAACAACAACGAGGGCAUGAGAAGAGUAAGGAGUUUCAAAGAUGGAAAAUUGAAGAUCUCGAAAGACAUGCUUCUCGAGCAUGACGAGAAAGGCAUUCCGAUAUCUGGCGAUGUUCGGAAUUGCUGGGCAGGUUUUUCUCUCCUACAAGUUUUAUUUGUCAAAGAACACAAUGUUGUUUGUGAUAUGUUGAAAGAACAUAAUCCAAAAUUAGAUGAUGAGAAUCUCUAUAGACAUGCAAGACUAGUGGUUUCAGCAGUCAUUGCUAAAGUUCAUACAAUAGAUUGGACUAUUGAACUAUUGAAGACUGAUACUCUUCUCGCUGGCAUGAGAAUUAACUGGUAUGGAUUAUUGGGGAAGAGAAUUAAAGACAUGUUUGGGCAUAUUUGUGGACCAUUACUAAGUGGAUUGGUUGGUCUAAAGAAGCCUAGAGAUCAUGGAAUUCCUUAUUCACUAACUGAGGAGUUUGUGAGUGUUUAUAGAAUGCAUUCACUUUUACCUGAAAAAUUCAUCCUUAGGGACAUCAAGUCUACACCUUCAAAACUCAAAUCCCCUCCUAUAAUAGAAGAGAUUCCAAUGGAGGAAAUGAUAGGCAAGGAAGGAGAGAAAAGACUAUCAAAGAUUGGGUUGGAGCAAAUGUUGGUGUCAUUAGGUCAUCAAGCUUGUGGAGAACUCUCACUAUGGAACUACCCAACAUGGAUGAGAAAUCUCAUUGCACAUGAUAUCAAUGGAGAAGAUAGACCACAACCAAUUGACAUGGCUGCCUUAGAAAUUUAUAGAGAUAGAGAGAGAGGAGUUGCAAGGUACAAUGAGUUCAGAAGAAACUUACUAAUGGUUCCAAUUACCAAGUGGGAAGAUUUAACAUGUGAUGAGGAAGCCAUUGAAGCACUUAAUGAAGUUUAUGGAGAUGAUGUUGAAAAGCUUGAUUUGCUUGUUGGUUUACAUGCAGAAAAGAAAAUAAAAGGCUUUGCAAUAAGUGAAACAUCUUUCUUUAUCUUUCUACUCAUUGCAUCAAGGAGGUUAGAGGCUGAUCGUUUUUUCACAUCAAAUUUCAACAUGGAAACAUACACAAAAGAAGGGUUUGAAUGGGUUAACAAAACUGAGUCCUUAAAAGAUGUGAUUGAUAGGCAUUUUCCCAACAUGACAAAGAAAUGGAUGUGCUCUUCUAGUGCUUUUUCAGUGUGGGAUUCUCUCUCAAUUCCUAAUUACAUACCCUUAUAUAUGCGACUACCUACUUAGUUUUACUCGGUUGUUAUGAGAAAUGUUAAAGAGUAUCUAUGGUGCCUGCACUUAAUCAUAAUUAGUUGAGGAUAUUCUAUAUAUUUAUUAAAGUAAAAUAAGUAAGAUUGAUAUUAAGUUGCACCGAUAACUAUAUUAUCUU